AUGUCUCAGAAGGAAAAUCGGGGCAGUUCGUUACUAGGACUGAAAGACAAAAUACAGUAUUUAAGUGAUAAAUGCGGCUUACAAUGGCUCGGAUACGUAUUUACUCCAGCACCUACACCAUUAUUUAAAAGAUUAUUCUGGCUAGCCACAAUAACAGCUUGCUGUGCAUGUUCCGCGGUGGUGCUGCGAGGAGCCCUAGCAUUAUACACGACUGAUGCCGUCUCUUACUCCGUGGAAACUGACUACCUGGAGUGGGACACCCCCUUUCCAGCACUGACGGUGUGUGAGGAAGCUAAUCCUGCGUGGAUUAAGAAGUAUUUGGUGCAAAACAAUCUGCCAGCAUCAUUAGCCACUUUCAGCCAAGAAGUGAGUUUCCGAAGCGUAAAGUUCUGCCGCUCAUGUGUCUCUUGUGAAAUGGGCAAGACUUGUGUGCAGAACUUUCUAGAACUUGUCAAUGGAAUCAGGAAGAAAUGUGAUGAGCUACUUACUGACUGCUGGUGGGAUGGCAAACCUUUCCCGUGCUGCGAAAGGUUUCACCCGAUAGCCACAGAAUUCGGUAAAUGUUUCGUGUUCAACUCUCGCUGGACUGGUGACGAGAACAUUAUUAACAUCAAUAGGCAGACUGGUCUGCCAAGUCUGGUGUUUUCUGCUACACAGUCUAUUAAUAUAUGGAUACACUCUCCCGAUGACAUGAUAACAAUGGCCUCUGAAAAUAUAUUGGGAUUCUGCGGCACUCUACAUCGAAUUACUGAUUUUGAGGUUACGUUGAAGGCAGAGCACACAAUAAGUGACGUCUCAGUCCAGCUCCUCUCGUCUUCCAAUCGCGACUGUCUGUUUACUCACGAGCGGCCAGAGUUUGCCCACCUUUGGCCGUUUGCCCGCUAUUCGUACAGUGCCUGCAUUAUGUAUAGCCGAGCCUUCGUGCAGGCCGAAGCUUGUAACUGCACUCAUCAUUUUAUGCCUCAGAUUGGUAAUAUACCAAAAUGUGAUUUCGAUGGCUUAGUUUGUCUUCAUAAAGCUAAGAAAGAGGAUUUGAGUACUGAGCAAUACCAUUGUCCAAUGGCUUGUGAAGAAAUUAUUUACACUGACAUCCAUGUCGCUUGCCCUCGCCAAUCAAGCAACGUACCUGAAGAGCUACUACGCCGUGGCACACGAGGUCGUGUGAGCCUCGCCAAUCACCCCAGCCUGAGGGUUCGGCGACAAGCCAUCAGGGAACUACUGGGGCUCGUUGUGGACGUUGGGGGUGUCAUCGGAGUAUUCUUCGGCGCAUCGCUCCUCAGUUUCAUAGAAGUUAUCUAUAUACUGUUCAUACGAAGAUAUACAUAGCAGAUCUGGAUAAUUGCAACGAAACCGAAUGCUCCGCUCCCUGCAUCGGUGCCGCUCCGCCGAAGGUUUGUCCUCCGAAGGUCCCUGACUGCCACUUCGGCUGCGCUUGCCAUACUGACUGCGAUAUGGGCAUCGUCUACUGCUUCCAAACCAAAGACUGCCUCAGGCCUAGAAGAUUCUUCACCAGGCGCAGGAGAGUCAGCACCCUCAAAAUCACAGUUUAAAACCGUUUCUAAAUUAUCGCUUGUUAUUUAAAUUUCAUCUGCUUCAUUAACUUUAUCAUUUAUUAUAUUUAUUUCAUUUCAUUCAUCAUUUAUAACGCCAAAUCAAUCAUCAAUUUUGAAGGUUUAUUAGCUACAGGCGUAUGUAUUGCGAAGAUAGUAUAAGGUAUCAAAUAACACAAGAUAUUGUGUUAGUAGUCAUUGUUUUUAGUAGAUUAAAAUUAGAGCAUAUUAUAAUAGUUCAUUAUCUCAUACCUAAUUUAGUUGAUCUUCAAGCUCAAGGCUUAUUAACACUACAUCUCAGCCACUGGUCUUAUCUUAUGUUAAGUUUUCAAUAGACCUUGCAACCAGCAAUUUCUUAAUCAUUUCAAAUUCUUAGUUAGCCUCAGAGGAUAUUUUGUGUAGUUGACGGAGUUUUAUUAUAAAGCAGACUCUGUUGAGAAAGUGCGAAAAAUAAUAUUUGAUUGCAGUGUACUGUACCCUGAAAAAUUCUCCAACUUUACCAGUGUUGAAAAUAGAACACUGCAAUUGAUUAUUUGCACUUUCUGGUCAUUGCUUUCAUAAGUUAUUUGUGCACAAAUAUAUUCAGAUGGGGAUUUUGAUUAUUUAGAUCUACUCUGAGAUUAAGGAAUAUUGCUUGGAAUACUUACAGUAGCUUAUAUUUUAAAAGCACUAUUCAUUCCUGAUUUGUCAUCUUCAAUAUAUUUUCCAUGUUUUGAGAUUUUGUAGUGUUAAAAAGCAUUAUGAUCAUUCAACAGUUCUACAAUUUUAAAACUUUGAUGUAUAUGGUAAUUUUUCUAUUUGGUCUAUUGUAGUAUUUUCUUUUUAUAAUCCACUCAAAUUCAGUAGACUACUAACACAACUUCAUUACAAGUAUACGCCUAAGUCAUCUUUUCAAAAAAUCCUAUUCUUCUCAUGUAUCAUUAUCAUUCAUUAUAAUCAUCAUCAUACCUAUUUAUUAUAUUAAAGCCGUGUAUUUGCAUUUUAUUUAUUUUCAUAUCAUUAAAGAUUUUGACAUAAUUUCCAACGUCAGUUACAUUACUUUUAAUAUUACAAUUAUUUAUUUUACUCAGACAUCGUGCCCUCGUUUUCCCAUCAUGGUUUUGAUUUGAAGCUUUCUCACUUACCUUUUCUCUAUUCAUAGUGGGGUGUAGUUUCAAUUUGCCUUCUUAUAUAAUCACUACUGCCUUUCCUGUAUUGUUUAAAACAUUAACAUUGUCUGGUAGAAUCUUAAUCGUAUGCAUGAUUAUUUGUAUAGUUAAUGUCAUCGAUAAACCACUAGUAGUUCCCAGUAUUUUUCAUCUAGCAAUCGUGCGUAGGAGUUUAAGCUUCUCAGGCAAUUUAUUGUUUGAAGUGUAUACUAAAUUCUAUGAAUUUUAUAACUUGUAUCGUCCAAAUGCUAGUGAUUUGAUUUUGUAAGUCUUGUGUUGUUUGGUGAUUUAUUUUCGUGUGUCUAAUAAAUGCUAGUUUAUUUGAA